AUGGUUUUGAUAUCGUUCGCGUCCUUAUUUCUUUUGGUUGUUGUUUUUCGUGACAUUAAUGCACAACAACCAGUGUACUGCAGAACACCCACUAAUGAACGAGGGCAGUGUGUUUUACUGUCAGAAUGCAGCUUCGUUCAACGGAUUCUUAACCAAGCCGUUCUGUUUAAAGACGAUCUAAAAUACGUCCAAGCAAGUCAAUGUGGUGGUCAUAAUGGUAGUAUUCGGGUUUGCUGUGCCAAUCCAGCUGUAGUUUCGUCUUCUGUAGGACAACCAGUGAAAACGAAAACCGGGAAACUUUUACCAGCAGCCCCAGCUUGCGGAGUUCAGUACAGUGACCGAAUUGUGGGUGGUGAAAGAACGGGGAUAACUGAUUUCCCCUGGACCGCUAGAAUUCAACAUUACGACGAACGUCACAGUGAUUAUGCAUUUCACUGCGGAGGAUCCUUGAUCAAUAGGCGUUACGUACUAACUGCAGCCCAUUGCAUCUCUGGAAUACCGGCUAGUUGGACAAUCAGUGCAGUUCGUCUGGGAGAAUGGGAUGUUUUUACUGAUCCUGAAUGCAAGAAUGGCGACGACGAUUGCUACGAUCCGGUGCAGGAUAUCAAAGUAGAAAAAGCGAUCGUACACGAGAAAUUUAUCAACACCCGACUGCAGGUGCACAACGACAUUGCUUUGCUGAGAAUGGUGCGAGAGGCGCGGCUUUCGCAAACCGUUGCACCGAUUUGUUUACCGUUGGACGAAAGGUUCGCAAAACGACGCUACGAAGGGUUGAGAAUGUUAGUGGCCGGUUGGGGUCAAACGGAGCUUGAAGGCAGCAGUCGUUACAAACUGGUCGUGGGCGUCAAUGGAGUAUCAGAACAGCAUUGCCGAAGACAGUAUUUAACCGCCAAUAUCAAUGAUAAACAGAUAUGUGCCGGCGAAGAGGCUGGUAAGGAUUCCUGCAAGGGUGAUUCCGGUGGUCCACUGAUGGACGUGGUUGUGGUGGGAAGUGAGGUCGUUCACUAUAUAGCUGGUGUGGUAAGUUUCGGAAAGCAGUGUGGCAUGAAAGGAGUACCCGGGGUGUACACCAAGGUGAACCGUUUCAGCGACUGGAUUUUGAAAAAUCUUGAACCGUAA